CAAAGUCCAUAGGCCCGACUCCUGGACAAGCGGGGGCCCGAAUGACCGGGACGCCGCCCGUCGGGUAACGUGAAGCUCCAGAAACUGGAAAACAAAACCCACAGGCGGCAGAAAUCUAAACCCCUUGGAAAAACCCCUAAACCCACAAAUUGCAUCUCUCUCCAGUCACACUCUCUUCUGUUCUGUUCUCCAUCGCUUUGCCUCCGCCACUCUUCUGUAGUUUGCGGUUGUAGUUCUCCGACAAUGGCUUCCGUAGCCCUCAGAAACCCUAAUUCGAGGCGGUUGUUCCCGGUGUCUUCCCAAAUCUACUUGGGCUGCCGCGGAUCAGCCAUUGUUCACUCUUCUAUCAUCGAUUCUAUCUGUGGGAAUGACACGACCUCGUCUUCCGCUGCUCCAUGGUGGAGAUCCAUGGCCACUUUCACCAGAACUAAACCUCACGUUAAUGUGGGCACAAUUGGACAUGUUGAUCAUGGGAAGACUACCCUAACUGCGGCAAUUACCAAGGUACUAGCUGAAGAAGGCAAGGCUAAAGCUGUUGCCUUUGACGAAAUUGAUAAGGCCCCAGAAGAGAAAAAAAGAGGAAUUACUAUUGCCACGGCCCAUGUGGAGUAUGAAACUGCAAAGCGUCACUAUGCUCAUGUUGACUGCCCUGGACACGCUGAUUAUGUUAAAAACAUGAUUACGGGAGCUGCCCAAAUGGAUGGUGGGAUUUUGGUUGUUUCUGCUCCUGAUGGGCCCAUGCCUCAGACAAAGGAACAUAUUUUGCUUGCUCGCCAGGUUGGUGUGCCUUCACUGGUUUGUUUCCUGAAUAAAUGUGAUGCUGUGGAUGACGAAGAACUGUUGGAGCUUGUCGAAAUGGAGCUCCGUGAGCUUCUGAGUUUCUACAAGUUUCCUGGGGAUGAAAUCCCUAUCGUCAGGGGUUCAGCAUUGUCUGCUUUGCAAGGGACUAACGAAGAACUUGGGAAAAAAGCCAUUUUAAAAUUGAUGGAUGCUGUGGAUGAGUACAUUCCUGACCCAGUUCGCCAACUUGACAAGCCAUUCCUCAUGCCAAUUGAAGAUGUUUUCUCCAUUCAGGGGCGGGGAACUGUUGCAACUGGCCGUGUGGAACAAGGAACAAUCAAAGUUGGCGAAGAAGUUGAGAUUUUGGGGCUAACAGCGGGUGGUGCCCAGAAAUCUACUGUUACUGGUGUCGAGAUGUUUAAGAAAAUUUUGGACCGAGGAGAAGCUGGUGACAAUGUGGGUCUUCUCCUGCGUGGUUUAAAACGUGAAGAUAUACAACGAGGACAGGUGAUUGCCAAGCCUGGAUCUCUGAAAACGUACAAGAAAUUCGAGGCAGAGAUAUAUGUCCUGACCAAGGAUGAGGGGGGUCGCCAUACUGCCUUCUUCUCCAACUACAGGCCCCAGUUUUACAUGAGAACUGCUGAUAUAACUGGUAAGGUGGAAUUGCCUGAAUCAGUGAAGAUGGUCAUGCCGGGUGACAACGUCACUGCAAACUUCGAGCUGAUUCAACCUGUUCCUAUGGAAGCAGGGCAAAGAUUUGCUUUGAGGGAGGGAGGCAGGACAGUUGGAGCAGGUGUUGUCUCGAAAGUAAUUAGCUAGGGUUGGUUGGUCCAUAUAUUCAUAUAUGGACUUUUGUAUCAUGUUUUCCCCAUACGCUUAAUUUAAAUCACAGACACGGGAGGUUAGAAGGACUAAUGAUGGUUGGAGCAGGAAUGUGCCUAUCUCUAAGUCCAUUUGGAUAUGGAGGCUGCUUAGAGUUUCCUGUUUUAUUCAGGGUUGAAUCUAGAAAUGAUUUUGGGGUCUGAUACACUUCAGUGGAAAGGAAUAGUUUUCAUUUUAGGGUAUCCCGAUUCUCAUUCUCAUUGAUUUUGAGUUGUGCAAAUAAUAAUACACAUUUGAGUUAGUACUAUCCUGCUCUACCUCUGUGUUUAACCUAUCCUUCUGUUCCUAGUUUUAUCUUUCA